UGGAAUCAGAAUAGAAAGAGAGGGACAAUAUAUAUGAAUAAGAAUCACAAGUGGAAUGCAAAUUCAGAUGCUAUAUUUUCUUUCUUGUUUGCAUAUUGAAAGAAGCAAAAAUGGUAAGCAAACAACUGCUAUUUGUGCUCAUGGCUCUCUUUUUCCUUCAACUAUCUGCAACUUCUCUAGCAAGAGUUGAAAAGAUGAAGAAAAAUGAUGAAGGAAGAGGAAGAGCAGUUAACAAAUUUAGCCACGGCAAUCCUGGGGCUUCCGGCGGGAGAGGGGCAAGAAAUGGAGGAUCACACGUGCCCACUGGGGGUGGUGUGACGCCGCUGUAUGCAGCAGCUGCCGGUGGAGGUACUAACAACCACCACCCUCACCGCGGCGGAGGAAACCGAGGCACAGGGCCGGAGACAUUGGCCAUAAUUACAUUUGCAUGCUUUUUAAUUCUACUCUCUAUUAAUUGAGCAAUAUAUGGAGUACUAUUUUUUUGAAUUUUGAGAUGCUGAAAAACUAGAAAAUACGUCUGUAUGUGUGUCUUUUUUUUAUAGUUCAUCAUCAUCUUACCGGCGUAGGUUGGUUUUGUUUGCUAGCCUGUUCAUUAUUGUCAAAUGUACAAAAUAAUGGUUAUGUAACGUAAAUUGGUUAUUUUCUGAA